CCAACUAAACUCAGUGCCAUUUGGGGCCAUCAGACAAGAAGCAGGAUACAACGGUAUAUCCUGCAACGCGCAAACGUUUUGGUAGUUAAAAAGUACACAAUUUUCUAAUUACUUGGUGCCCCAAAAAGAGCUAACAAAAAACUAAACGCAAAAAAAUUGUUUAAAAAUUCUCUGUGUCUGCAAACAAACAAAAAAUGUAGAAUUUUCAAUUAAUAUUGUGUGAAUACAGUGGGGCUAAUCAAUUUACACAAAAUAAAAGACCAAAAAGGACAUUCUCUAUAUAACGAGAGAAAAAAAAAAACGAAAAAAAAAGAAUACGAAGAAAUAUUGGAAAAGAUUCGCCUAUACUUUUCUUUCUUCCUUAAUUUUUCUUUUUUCUUUCUUCUUCUGUUAUUUCAAAAUCUCUAUCCACGACGAUGGUUUUUCGAUGUAUAACUUUUUGAUAAAAAAUUAUCAUUUUUGAACAAAAAAAAGUGCUGCAUACUUGGAGGCUCGAAAUCGAAAUUUUUUUCCUACUUUUUUUCUGAACAAAAAACAAAAAAAAGUCGUGUGUGUAUGUGUGUCAAGUGGAAUUAAUUUAUUCCUCUAAUGUCCUUUUUUCUGUAUUUUUUUUUCAUCUCUAUCUUCUCCCAACAAAAUAACGGAUUAAGUUUUUGAAAUCAAAAAAAGAAAAAAAAAAAAAGAAUGAAAAUGUGUUAUGAAACAAUUCCGUCAUUCAUUUUUUAAGUUCAAGUUGAAUGUAAAUUUUUCCUUUUAUAUUGUGUGUGGUGAAUCUUCCUCGGUUUUUUUUUUUGCUUCAUUUCAAAAGAUUCAAAGAAAGAAACAAAGAAAAAAAGUCGUGUAACUAAAACCGUCCCGGGAAUCCUUUUGUUAAGCAGUGAAAAAAAAAAAAAAAACAAAUACAAAAAAAUAACCAAAAAAAAAAGGGAGAGAAAUUUUCUUCUUCCUUGGAAGAAAAUUAUAUCUACAUGCAUGGUUACAAGCAAGGAGCCCAUCAAAGAGAGAGCGAGCGAGCUAGCAAGAAACACACAUCGAUGAUGGUAAAGAAGGAAAAACGUUUUCAAUUUUCCUUUCUUUAUAUUCUGUUUGCGUGUACUAUACCAUCACCAUCACUACUUUAACCACUUAGGUAUUGAAAAUUCGCUUUCGGGAGGAUCUCUGCUGCUGCUUUAGGGUACCACACUCUCUACCACACGAAAAACGAACGAACGAGAAAUUCCUAUAAACUGGAAAACGGAACAAUAUACCUAUUUCUGUUAUACAAACAUGUACAUACAUUUUUUGAAUUCGCGACACAUAGAAGAACACAAAAUAAAAAAAAAAUAAAAAUAUGAAAAUAUCCUUCGCAUCCUUUUUGCGUUUAAUAAGAAUUUGUUAAAUUGUAAUUUUAUAAAACAACGAUCGAAUUUGUAUGUGGUUUUUUGCUUAAAAGUUAAUAAUUUUCAAAAAAAAAAAAUUUAAAAAAUAUAUAAACAAAAAUAUAACGAAUAACGGUGGUGGUGUUAUGUCAAAAAUUUUCAUUUCCCAAAUGUGUUAUACCUACAACUACCCUCAAACCUACAAAAAAAAAAAUUAUAAUAUGAAACUUAGAUUCUCUGGUGUUAUAUAAAUGAUGAUGAUUUUUCUGUUUUAAAAAAAGGUUUUUUUUAUCGAAAUUGACGAGAUCGCUGGUUAUAGUGUAUUUAAUGAAUAAUUUUAUAUAAAAAAAUAAUUUUCUUUAAAUAAAAAAAUCAUAUAAAAAAUUAGCUCGAUAAGUAAUUCGAAAAAAAAAAGAAAAUUGAAAAAAAAAAAUGAAAAAUUCAAGGUGAAACGAGAGUGGAUUACAAUUUUUCUCAAUUUUCCAAAUCGGAACGAAUGAGAGUGUGAAACUAAAAGUCUUCGACAACAAAAAAAGAAUACAAAAAAAAAAAAAGAAAAUCUAUGUGUUUGUAUUGGAAAAAAGUUUUCUAUGUGUUUGUGUUUCGGGUAGGACAAGAUACGGAAAAAGUUCCCUGUACUAAAUAUUUCUUAUCUUGUAUAACAGUUUAGUUUUUCGAAUUUUUUUUUUUUUGUGUUUUUCAUAGAGAAGAUUUUUUUGGUCAAAUAAAAAAUGGAAACAAAAUAAUGAAAUUGAAAAAAAAGUGUUCUAAUUAAUUUAGAAAAAAAAUUUAUAAAAAUAUAACAAAAAUUGUGAAUUAAUUUAUUAUACAUAAAAAGAAUUGAAACAAACAAAAAAAAAAAAAACACACACACACAUAUACACGUUUUAUGGAUAUAUUAUUGGAUUAAUUUUUAACUCAACUAUACGCCUUCAAUUUUCUUUGGAUUUUUUCCCUGUCGAUUGUGGAUACGAUAAAUCAGCAAGUGUAUACACUAAAGAGAUCCUUUUUUUUGUAUUUUGCAAAUUCAUUCAUUUCUCGAAGGACUUUGGUAAAAUCCACUCGACAAAUUUGUUUCCAAAAAACUUGCAACUUAAAGAAAAAAAAAAAAUCAAACUUAGAAGAAAUGAAGAAACGUAAGGAUGAACUAAAUCGAAAAUUAAUUGACUAUUGUGCCAUCGUCUAAGGCAAAAAAAAAAGAAAAUAAAGUUUUGAAAAUCGCGCGCGAAAGUAAAACAAAACAAAACAAAACCAGAAAAAAACUGAUAAAAUUUAUUUAAGAAUAAAAGUUUGUUAUUUUUUGAAAAUACAUCGGACGAAAAACGAAGAAGAAAUAAAAAUUGCGAUAGACAAAAACUGUGAGAACAGUGCUGCAAAAUACCACAAACUAAUUCAAAUGAUGAUGGGGCCAUGAGCCCAUCAUAUCCACUAAUCAAUUGGAGUCGCAAGCGCGUCUCAAGCGGGCCUGCACCAUGCUAGCACCGCCGAACCCGAGGUCAAUAUGCGGCCAGGACCCGGGCUGGUCGUGAUGGCGCUUGCGUUUAUUUCGGGGGCUCGGCGUGGCAGCACCAGCACCAGUCAACAAAAACUCUCAUCGCUAACAUCUUCGUUGUCGUCAUCGUCACUGUCGUCCUCAUCGUCAUUGUCUUCUUCGUCGUCGUCGUUCUCGUCGCCGCCGAAGUCAUCCUUGUUGUUGUCCCCGACGAGCGAAUAUCAUUACUAUCAGCAAGAGCAGCAUUUGCCGCCUGAGCAGCGAACUCGUUCAAAUCGUUAUCCACCCUAUUCCUCCUCAUCAUCGUCAUCUUCGUCCUCAUCUUCAUCUUCAUCUUCAAAAUCAUCCUCAUCCUCGUCGUAUUCAUUGUUUCAUUCCUUGGGAUCAUCUGGCACAUCAUCCGACGCAUCGCAGCAUCCUUCGUCUUCGUUAUCGUCCGACUAUCGAAAUACGUUUACGAUUUACAAUUACGAUCGCAAUAACGACGAAAUCGAACAGAAAUAUCGCUUCGAUAAUUUCAAGUUAGACAAAUUAAGUUACGUUAACGUUGAGGAUUACGGUGAGAACACAGAAGAAAUUGGUUUAAUCGGACGUAGUGGUGGUGGUGGAAGUGGUGGUAGUAGUAGUUGGAGUGACGACGCAGCCGAGUACGACGAUCGGGAACAGGAUAGUGAGUUCUUCCCCGGAAGCGUACCCAGUCACAGUCACAUAUUCGAAAGCACCAGUUCUUUGUCACGUGUAAAUCCUUGGUUAUCAGCUUGCGAUCUGGCGCAACCAAGUUCAGCACCAGAUCUUCAGGGUCAGUGUACGGCUGGCUCGCUGCCCGUGGCAUGGGUAGAUGAAGGUCCUGGUCCGCCAACGUGUCCAAUGUCUUGCGAACAAUUAAAUUUAGAAAAUAAAAAUAAUUAUAAUAGUAACACUAAUACUAACUCUUAUAAUAGUCAUAAUAAUAAUAAUAAUAACAAUUAUAUUAACAAAUUACAUAAUUAUGAUAAUAAUUAUUUAAUAAAUUUGAAUAAUAACAAUAAUUUUAAUCCAGUUCAUAAUAUUAUGUCGAAAGUGCGAAGAGAAACUGGUGGUAGUGGUGGUGGUGGUGGUGGUGGAACAUCAGGAUCAGCAGCAGCAGUGGCGGCGGCGAGACCUGUUAAAAUUGCAACGAUAGCACCGCAUAAUGGGGCAGCAGCAGGUUCCGCCAAGAGGAUAUCCUCCUCCUCAUCCUCACAAUUAACGACGAUAAAACCGCCUGGAGUAGUAGAACGGACAACUACUACCGUAUCAACAGCCUCAAUAAAUGCAAACAAAAUGGUAGCUGACAAAACUGUGGAAACAAAAUAUAAAUACCAUCAGCAUCAGCAUCAGCAGCAUCAACAUCAGCAUAGAGAUCGAGAUAGAGAUCGAGAUAGAAAUCGAGAUCGAGAUCAAUAUCAGGAUCAAGAUCAGGAUAUUAUGCAAAAUGAUGCGCAAGCAAACGCACAGUCGUCAAUGACGACACAAGAUCAUCAUUAUAACUAUAAUAAUUUAGAUAAUUAUAAUAAUAUUGUUAAAAAUAAUUUAAAUAAUAAUAAUAAUAGAAAAAAUGUUAAUAAUUUAAAUUCUAAUAAUAAUAUAAUAAUAAACGAUAACAGCAACCAAUACAACCAAAACCAACAACAACAACAGUGCCUUGAUUAUUUGGGCGAUAAUGAUGACUCUAGUCCUACACAAUUAUGUAAAAAUUCUCGAAGUGAUUUAGAUAAAAAACUACGCCAUCUACGUUUGAAGCAUUGUUGUGAGCGUACCGUCUUAAGUGCCCUGCAUACGAUCGCCCUUAAUGUAACACUGGGCGGUGGCCCUCAAUGUGUUCGAAUUUUAACCGAUAUUUUGGAUUUGGACUCAUUGGCCACGCGUAUCACAUGCGAGUUAGCUGAAAUUUUAUUUCGCUACGAUUGUCGGCAAAUCUAUUCGCUGAUACAUCAAUGCAAGGACUGUAAGGAGGCUUAUCGUCGCUGGGUGUGCAGUACACUAAUACCAUACUUCGCUGAACAGAGUUCAACUUCCAGCAAAGAUUCAACAACAACAACCACCACAACAAAAACAACAAAACCAACAGCAACAUCGAAAUCAACAAAUAACAAUACAAACAUGAAGCAACAACAAGAAGAAGAGCAAGAAAAACAUCAGCAGGAUCAACAACAACAACAACAGCAGCAGGAGCAAGAUCAGCAACCACAAUUACAACAACAGCCCGAAGAUCAGGAUAGAUAUGGUUUAAAUGAUAACGAUGAGAAUUUCGAGCGAGAUCGAUUUCAACAAGAUAGUUUAAGUUUUUAUGACGAUGAUGAUGAUGAGGAAGAUAUUGAUGAAAAUGAAUUCAUUGAAUCUUCACAUAUAUCAAAAUUAUCAUCACCAUCAUCAUCAGCGUUAUCAAGAUCAUCAUUGGCAUCAGAAGUGAUAGGACAACAGCAUCAGCAACAACAACAACAACAACAUUCACAACAACAUCUUUUAACAAAAAGAGCUGAACAAACAACAAACACAAAUUGCAAACGAACGAAAUCGAAUACAAAAACUAUGAAUAAUAUAAUUGACGAGCGAGAAACGAGUGAUGGCUCUCGUCAAUCAAAUGAAGAUUCCAUAUCGACUGCCAAUAACAAGGAUCCAUGCGUAGAGGGUCCAGUGAUAUCAAGGCUUUUAACAAGAACGAAAAGAAAAAUAGAAUUUCGAAAACGAAGAAGAAUACGACCAUGUCGUAGUGUGUGUGAGACGGUAGAACAAAAAUGUCCAUAUUUGCUUCCGGGUGAUCGUGCACCAGCCUAUCCAACACAGUAUGCAGGAGAGCCGACAUUUCUUUGUCUGGAUCAAAAUAUUCCUGAAACGGGUGAACAAUUAUUAAAAUCUAAUCAUGGCCCACCAGAAUGCUGUUACCGUUACUGUGAUCCGCCUACGCAUGGCAUCUGUAUAUACUGUGAUGACUUCGAUGAUGGCUCGGGGAGAAGAAAUUCAAAUACAACAGCUGCCAAUAAUAAUAUUAACAACAACAACAAAAAUAACAACCUGCGAGAUACCAAUGCGACCUUAGAAGAACGACUUGCCCCUUCUACGUCACAAAACGAAGACAAUGAUCCUUCGAGUUCGAGUAAAAAGUCUUCGAACAACAAUACAACAAAUACAACAACAACAACAAAAACUAGAAGUAAUGCAACUUCAGUAGCUAGUAUCGCUGAACUUGAAAAGCUGCCGUAUUAUGCUUACUCGGGCCUUGUAUACUAUUAUGAUGACAUCGUUGACCUGCCAAGUGUUCCGGUUGUUGAAUGUCAACCGGUUGCAUCUGUAACAAGCCGCUGUACAAUGCCAUAUUAUGCAUCAUCGGCGACCAGUUACAUGAAAUCAAACAACAGAUUAGAAUUGAAGCAGCAGCGUUUCGUGUUAAUAUGGUCAUCAAUUAUUUGUUUUUUAGUUCAAAACAAUAUCCUAGUAACUGUACAUAUUCCGAAUGAUAGUAACUAUCGUUUCUAUUAUUACUGUUGCUAUAAUUUAAAUGACUGGUGGAGACGGUUAAUUGGGCUUAUAAUGAUUAUUAUAAGUUUAUAGUUGUAAAAUAAAUAAAUUAGGAAAUUAUAAAUUAUUAUUAUUAAAAAAAUGAAAUGAAAA